AUGCGCGCGCAGUGGCGUCACGAGGAGGGCAUCAAAUCGCCUGCGGAGGGCGGCCGGUCCGCGCGUUCCUUGUCUGCCGCGUGGUCACUCGACCCAACACCUCCGACGGUGAGAGGCACUCUCGGUCUCAGUGCACGACCUGCCGCGGUCACUGACCGAUACCGUGCGAGCGGUCGCCGUGUCGCCCGACCUCCGCCCUUACGUACCAUACGCGACCCGAGGACG